AUGGUCGUACGUAUUCGUCUUGCGCGACAUGGUAUUCGUAACCGUCCUUUUUACCACAUAGUAGUUGCCAAUGCUCGGUCAAAGCGCGACGGAAAACACAUCGAAAAAGUCGGUGAAUUUGAUCCGAUACCAACGAGGGACCGGCAAAAGCAUAUCGUAUGGAAUCAGGAACGCAUAAAGUAUUGGUUGAGUGUUGGCGCGCAACCGAGUGACCCUGUCGCUCGUCUUUUAGCAAAGGUUGGCGGCACUUAUACCUCCAUUACCAAGACCAUGGCUGAAAAUGGCUAA